GGGGUCGGUUGUGCGCGUGCGCGUGCGUACUGCGUAAGAUCUUCGCCCCGCCUCUCUCCUAGAUUACCUUUCGGGAAACUGAGGUCGCCGGGAAAGCGACGCCCCCAAGGUUCCGCGGCCCUGGCUGGACUCUACCCCGACGUCAUGGCUCCGGGUGCCCAUGAAGCCUGGGAAGGUCUUUUCCAUCAGCCGCAGUGAGCCACAGGACCCCCAGGAGCCUCCUCGCAGGGCUGGCUGGUGGAAAAUGAAGAUUCUGUUACUCAAAGACCCUAAGGACGAUGACUCGGGCCAGGAUCCCUACAUUCAGGAAUUGGGAUCGUGUGGAUUUGAAGCCACUUUGAUACCUGUUUUAUCCUUCGAGUUUUUGUCUCUGCAGAGUUUCUCUGAGAAGCUGUCUCAUCCAGAAGCUUAUGGAGGGCUCAUCUUUACCAGUCCCCGAGCAGUGGAAGCCAUGCAGUUGUGCCUGGAAAGGGAUGGCAAACUGGAAGUCUGGAAAAAGUCUCUGAAAGAAAAAUGGCGCAUCAAGCCGGCAUAUGUGGUUGGCCAAGCCACCGCAUCCCUCGUGAGAAAAAUUGGCCUGGCCACAGAAGGAGAAAAAUGUGGAAAUGGAGAGAAGCUCGCGGAAUACAUCUGCUCACGAGAAAAGCCGGCGACUUUGCCCCUUCUCUUUCCCUGUGGGACCCUCAAAGGAGAAGUGCUUCCCAAGACGCUCAAACAGAAAGGGAUUCCACUGGAAAGCAUAACUGUUUACCAGAAGAUUCCGCAUCCCGGGAUACAGGACUCCCUGAAGAACUACUUCUCACAGGGCAUUCCAGCCAGUGUCACCUUCUUCAGUCCUUCUGGGCUCACAUACAGCCUCAGCUAUAUUCAGGAGUUAUCUGGCAACAGCUUUGACCAGAUUAAGUUUGCAGCCAUAGGUCCGACCACAGCCCGGGCCAUGGCCAGCACGGGAAUCCCUGUGAGCUGCACGGCGGAGAGGCCCUGCCCCCACGACUUGGCCACCGGCCUCCAGAAAGUGCUUCAGCCAUAGAGCCCCUCCAGCUCCCAGACCACACUGGGCUCCAUCCCAGGCCAGCUCAAACGGGGACCACUGGGGACAGAUGGGCUCUGUCAGCACCCCCCAUCCAACACCCGGAGCUGAGAGCGAUCUGUCUGGACAGGUGUCAUGGCCUCUUCUAAUUUGGGGGGAAAUUCCUGGCUCAGGAAUGGGUGGCUUUGCUUCCGCCCCACUCUGAAUUCUGGGGGCAGGGAGAACGGACACGUGCAUCCAAUUCAGUAAAUACCCCAUGGGAAUAAAUUAUCAACAAGCAUUUACCCCAUGGUAUGUGCUAGACAUGGGGCAAAAUGUGGGGGCUAGGCAUCCAGUGAGUGUCUAAUAAAUGCCUGGUGACCUGAUGAAA